AUGAACCGGCCGGGCUACGAUUACAGCGUGCCAGCAACAAACGCGUAUUAUGCAAGCAAUAACCGACCGCCGCAAUACGAGCGCGGCUAUGGGCAACUUGCGGCGGUUCCCCUUUACAGCCCUACUUCGCACCCGCUUUCAAAUUACGCAGAUGUGUACGAGGGGAACAACGACACUACCCUCAGAGCGGAGGAGAGGCAUUGGUACAUAGAGAAUCAUAAGAGCCUCCAACCUAACUAUGAAGCGAAUACCGAUACAGUUCCAUCGGAAGUCAAAGUCAAGAAAGACGACGAGAAGAAAGCUGAUGUCCAGCCCGUAAGAAGGACUGAUGGGACGCAGCCGAGACAGAGAAGGAAAGAAGACCGCUGCUCAUGCGAAUGCUGGCCGAGCUCAGACAAUAAUGUAGUGUUAGACGGCGCUGGUAAUGAAACCACGAGAUCGCUAUCUGGAGUCGACAUGGUUGCCUCUUACGGGGUUUAUGGCAACCCUCAGGAUGAUGAAAGUUCGGGAUUCGCUAGACUUUCGGAGAAGAGCGGAGUAUUGGGCCAGCGAAGUGACGCCCCUGUCCAAGGUGUGAUUGUGAACCAGCAAGGAAAUAGCGCCGUGAUACGCGGAACGCCUGCGUCCGACUCCAAAUGCGCCAAAUGCUGUUUCUGGUCGAAUGCUCAACCAGCGAAUUCGGAGGAUUAUUGUUGGAUACAUUACUGUAGACCCGCGCUAAUAGUUCUUCUGCUGUUGUUUUUCCUCGUGUUAUUGGGCGUAUCAACAGGGUUUUUAUUAACAAAUAAUUAUUUGCAUUAUCAACCAAGGCCACCUGCCCCGGAAGAGGCUUGCGAGAAAACGUUUUGCCGCUGGGGCGCCGAGUGCGUGUCUUUGGGGGACGGUCGGGCGCACUGCGCCUGCCCAGUGACAUGUCCCUCCACCCAGACUCCAGUCUGCUCGACCACGGGCCGCACUUACCGCAAUCACUGCUACCUACGAAAGGAGGCGUGCGAGCGAAGACUCAAUCUGCGCGUCAAACACGAGGGCGAAUGCGAAGCUGGUGACCCCUGCGCUGCAAUCACUUGUCCUUCUGGGGCACGAUGCAUGGUUGUCUAUGGGCAAGCUGAGUGCCGGUGUCCACGCAGUUGUCAAAGGCGCAAGCCGGUCUGCGGCACCGAUGGAAAAGAGUACUCCUCGGCCUGCCACUUGGACAAGCACGCAUGCGACAAUCAACUAAACGUUACUAUUAGAUAUCAUGGAAAAUGCGACCCAUGCGCUGACCACGAGUGCGCUGAUGGAGGGGUUUGCCAGCUGAACGAGGCGAGGGCACCGGUGUGCCGAUGCGGCCCACCGUGCGAUCUAGUAGCCAGGCCUGGUGCCGCGGUCUGCGGUUCCGAUUACAAGGACUACGCCAGCGAGUGCGCUCUGCGACGCGAAGCGUGCCGCACGCGGCAGCAACUCUCCAUCGCCUACAGAGGAGAAUGCGCUUCUGCUCAACAUCCUUGCGAGACGGUGAAGUGUGGCGUACGCGAACGAUGUUCGCUGGACGUGCGUGGGGUGGCCGUGUGUGCGUGCGGCCCUGAGUGCGAAGACUUCGUUCGGCCAGUGUGCGGUACUGACGGCCGCACCUAUGACAAUCCGUGUUCCCUCGACCGCGCCUCUUGCCUGGACAACAGGGACAUACGUCUGGCUUACAUGGGUCCAUGCGGCGUGGAGAACCCUUGCGCCCGCGCGAACUGCCCGUGGGGGGGCGCUUGCGUCUCCCGCAGCGGCGCCGCUCAGUGCGUGUGCCCAGUUUGCGACGCGACCCUAGCGCCGGUAUGCGCCUCCGACCACAACACGUACGGCAGCGAAUGCAAGAUGCGCAUGCACGCCUGCCAGAACAACAUCAGGGAGAGCGAACUGCAAGUCCUCUACAACGGAACGUGUCAAACUUGCGCCGACAUCAUAUGCCAAGGGGGAGGAGACUGCGUCUUUGACGUUGAUACUGGCCGACCAAUCUGUCGUUGCAAUCACAACUGCACUGAAGCCCAGGAAUCGGAUGUUGUAUGUGGCACAGACGGGCAAACCUACACGUCGCAAUGCGAACUAGACUCGACGGCAUGUCGCGAACAGAACAACUUGCGGCUUGCUUACAGAGGUGAUUGCGCACUUUGCGAUAACGUGCGCUGUUCAUAUGGAGCCCACUGUGUUGCUGGGGAGUGCUUAUGUCCUACCGACUGCACAGAUGCUCCUCAUGAGCCAGUAUGUGGAAGCACUAUGCAGACAUAUCCUAAUGAGUGCGAGCUUCAAAAAGCUGCAUGCAGACUGCUGCCACCAACCACACUGCAUGUUAUUUUCUACGGAGAUUGCAAGGACCGGCUCGCUGUGGUGCCGCCGAUAGCAAUGACUACGACCGCGAUGACGACCACGCAGGCGGGCGGGGGGUGGACGGACAAUUCGGGCGCGACGGACGAAGAGGGUACGGUGGACCCCUCCGUUUGCCGCGACAUCCGUUGCGACUUUGGCGCCAGCUGCGAGCUGGGCGGCGAUGGGUACCCGCGGUGCUCCUGCCUCUUCGAAUGCCCCCCUGACGACGAGUACUUUCCCGUGUGCGCUUCAGACUUCAGACUUUACCCCAGCCUGUGCGCUAUGCGUAAGGAGGGCUGCCAAAAACAGCUCGAGCUCCGGCUGAGGCCGUUGGACUUGUGCAAAGGUAUGGAAGUGAGGCCCUGCGGCAACAACAAAGCUAUGAUCGACCUCACGACCGGCUUGGAAAUCGACUGCGGCAACGGACCCCACCGCCAGGAUUGCCCCGCUGGGAGUUAUUGCCACAUAACUAUUGCAGCUGCUAGGUGCUGCCCUAAAAAUGACACGAAACAAACGGAGGAGAGGAGGCCGCUGGUCUGUUCCGAAACGGAGUUCGGCUGUUGCGCGGACGGCGUGACGUCGGCAGGCGGCCCUAACGAGGAGGGCUGCCCUAGCUCCGGGUCCAAUUGCGGCUGCAACCGGCUCGGCUCAGUGUCCGAUCGAUGCGACGAUAGCGGCCAGUGUGUAUGCCGCCCGGGCGUCGGGGGCCUCAAAUGCGACAGAUGCGAGCCCGGAUACUGGGGGCUGCCUCGCAUCGGCUCGGGGCACACCGGCUGCAUCCCGUGCGGCUGCUCUGCUUUCGGAUCGGUGAGGGAGGACUGCGAGCAAAUGACUGGACGCUGCGUGUGUCGUGCGGGCGUUCAGGGUCAAAAGUGCACAGUCUGCGCCGAUCACCGCCGCCGCUUGGGGCCGAACGGAUGCUCGGAUCCCGAAAUUGGCAGCGCGGUUGGCUCGUGUGCGGAGCUGUCGUGUUAUUUCGGCGCGGUGUGCACUGAGCGCACGGGCGGCGCGCUUUGCGAGUGUGCGGCCGCGCCCUGCCCCGACACCGAUACUAACAUGCUCGUAUGCGGCAGCGACGGCAAGACGUACGAGUCGGAGUGCCACCUGAAACUGCAGGCGUGUCGCACGCAAGAGGACAUAGUGGUGCAGGCGUUCGGGCCGUGCAAGCUGCACGAGGUGGCGGGAACGGUGGGCCCGCCGCGGCCCUCCUCGCCGAUCCAGUUCACGCAGCAGGACGACGGCGCCGCGUCCAAGUCCACGCGCCACCUCCUCAACCCCGACAAGUACUACAACAAGUACGAGUGGAGCCGGAAGGAGACCCCGAGUGAUUUCGACGGAGAUCCAGCCGGACUGAAGUUCAAAGGUUCGCAAACAGCGACGACGGCGACAGUGGGGGCUGUUGGCGCGCUGUUGGGCGACCUGUGCUCCGAGGAUGCGGACUGCUCGGCUUUGCCAGGCGCCUACUGCGCCAGAGGCGGCUGCGUGUGUCGACCGGGAUUCUCUGCGACCGCCCACAGAAAAGCUUGCAUCGAACAAAUUACGCAAGAAACAACAGAGGAAUACAGUGCAUGUUUGUCUGAACCAUGUCAUAACCUUGGCACGUGCAUUGAUCUACCCGGGUCUACGUAUACAUGUAUCUGCACUGGGCUUUAUACCAGCUCGAACUGUGAAAUGCUCAUUAAAGACAACCUACCAAAUGCAUAUAUCGAAACGCCAUCAUUCGACGGCUCAUCUUACAUACGCUUGAAACCGCUGAAAGCAUACCAUAAGUUAAACAUUGAUAUUGAAUUUAAAGCUUUCUCAGAAAAUGGAGUUAUACUAUACAACCAACAAAAACCCGAUGGCACAGGAGAUUUCGUUUCGUUGGCUUUAGUCAACGGAUACUUAGAAUUUAGAUAUAACCUUGGCAACGGAGCAAUAAUUUUAACCUCGCUUGAAAAAAUAACUUUGAAUGAGUAUCACAAAGUGUCAGCGAAGAGAUAUCAUCGAGAUGGAAUAUUAUCAGUUGGUGAUAUGGAAGAUGUAGCUGGACAAUCGAGUGGAAAUUUAAAGGCCUUAGAUCUUGCUGAUGAUACAUACAUUGGCAGUGUUCCAACGAAUUACUCCAGGGUUUUCGAUAAUAUCGGCACACGAGCCGGCUUUGUCGGCUGUGUGAAAUACUUGAGGAUAAUACGUCAUCAAGUGACAAAGAAAUUGGGCCGGCCGGACUCAUUAGUAGUGGCUAUAGAAAACGUUCGGGACUGCCAAUCUAACCCUUGUAUGAGUAUGCCUUGUAAGAAUGAAGCUACGUGUAAACCUUUAGAUGGAUCUGCGACCGAAUAUACAUGUGUGUGCCCGGUCGGAUUUCAAGGAGCCAAUUGUGACGAGAGACUUGAUCCUUGCGAGUCAAAUCCCUGUGGAUAUGACGAAGGGGUAUUAUGUGACAUCGGACCCGAGGGCGGACACGUUUGUCGCUGUUUGUUUGGUGGCGAAAUUGGCUCUAAUGGAAAUACGUGUAGCAAUGAUGUCAGCGUGGUGCAGGAAACUUGGUCUCCACAGUUUAAUGGAACGAGCUACAUCGAAUUACUGCCUCUAGAGGGCUUGGGCAAAGCGUUCCGCAUUGAAAUUUGGUUUUUAACGAACCGAUUCUCCGGAAUGCUUCUCUAUACGGGCCAGUCUAAUAAAGCCAAGGGGGAUUUUAUUGCGAUUAACUUAGUUAAUGGUUACCUACAGUUUAGGUACAAUUUGGGUAGCGGGAUAGCAAAUAUAACUUCUCCCGUUCCGAUUACAAAGGGUCGGUGGCAUCGAGCGCGUGUCACGAGGGUUGGACGGCAUGGCAGCCUCCAGCUUGACCAUCACCCCACGCAGAGGGGAUUCUCUGCACCACCACUCACUAAUCUUGAGCUCACACUUCCACUCUUCAUAGGCUCUCUGCCAGCAUACAUCCGUCCCCAUAAAAUGUCGGGAGUGACCAGCAGUUUUAUAGGUGCCAUGCAACAGGUUUUCGUGAAUGGCAAUCCACUUGCUUUGUAUAAUGCCGAUACGGCGAAAUGUGCCAUCAUUCAAGAGGAGUUUCGUUUGCCGUGCGCUACAAUUGGCGUUACGAAGUACACUGGACCGCCCUGUGGUGAUGGCAAGUUUUUAUAUCUUCUGUUCACUGUGAUUAGGAACCGUGACAUCCGCGGUAUUAGAUACGAGAUAAAGUUUAGGACCUACAACGACUCGGGACUCUUGUUGUGGAGGCGGAAAAUCGGAAUUCGUCCGCGCGACUUCAUUGGCCUCGGACUGAGCGAUGGGCGGCUUCAGCUGAUUUACACGGACACUGACGUGAAAGAGAUGACUCUGGCGUCCCACGAGGAUUGGUUCCAGUCCAUCGAAUCGAGGCUGAGAGUCGAUGACGGGCUGUGGCAUACCGCAACGGUGAGGCGCAGGAAAAGACUUGCAAUGUUGCAAGUAGACGAUGCGCCGCCUGUUAGGGGGUAUUCUCAGUCAUUACUAGUACCCUCGAAAGCUAAUCCCAAAUUAUGGAUAGGAGGUUCACCGUCGCUGCCGCUUGGACUUCCAGCUGCGAUGUAUACAGGCUUACGUGGCUGCGUGUCAAGCGUCAAAUCUAGCGGAAGAUAUUUAAACCUAAAAUCACCGAUACGGCCCAUGACAAAGGUUCGGCAUUGUGAU